UAGUGUUGGCCAGGAAAUUCCAGAUUUACAGGUUUAAGAUUACAUUCCUUUACUGCAAAUAGGUUAGGUAUUAAGUGUUGGUUUACUAUCGUAUGCCUUAGCAUAAAAUACUCCAUUUGGGGCCUGUUGUCUCUUUUUUUAAACACCACUAAGCAGAGUGUAAUGUGGAGGCUGAGGGAAGAAUUGGUCUUCUCAUUUAUGAGAGUGUCAUUCUGAGGACUGAGAGGACCCCCGCUGUGGGCAGGGGAACCACUAAUCAGCUGGUGUCUGGGGAUGACACAGGACUUCCUGGAAAGGAGAGUGGACUAGCAGAACCCAGUGACACAAGGGAUAAGGAUGCACAGCAGCGGAAAAUUCAUUAGUGAUGCCAGACCCCCUUUUGAAUCCCAGAUGUAUUUUGGAGGGAUUUCUAGGGCUGGAGUUCUGGCAGGAGAGAGUGGGUUCAUGUACCUAUCAAGAUUUACAUAUUAAUGUUAAUGUCAAUUUUUAGCCUCAGGCUGGGGAAGCUUUAGGACAGUAGGAGUACUAAAUAUAUUGGUUUUUUUGAAAACUUUUGGUUUUUUUUUUCUUUUUUGGCAAAUCUGAGUAUUUAAACAGAUCUGAUGCUUAUAAAAAUUUUAUUCACUCAUUCAACAACUACCCAUAAGCACCCUUUAUGCACUUGGGAAUACAAAGACUUUAGAACCGCCGUUGUCUUCAGGCAGUGACUAGGAAAUGUAAGGCACGUAAGGGUGUUUAGUUAGAUCUGCUAUGUAGCUAAGAGUUAUACUAGUCUUCUGAUACAGAAGAGGGGAAAACCUUUACAAAUGGAAAUUUAUGUCACCUCCACAAAGUAAAAUUUUUGCCUUCCUUUUAGGCAGAAAGGGAGAGGGCAGUUCUUUCCGUGUCUGUUGUUUCUCAGUUGCCUCCAGCCCGUAACAAUCUUAACGCCAAUGUAGCUUAUUUGGGGGAGGCAUCUUCUGAUCCCCUUCAAUGUUGGCAUGGAUUACUUUUUUGCAGAUUUUAGUUUAUUACUUAUUGCAGUUACUCGUAUUUCUGUGCAUCAGAUGACCAGCUCCUUGAGAAAAAGACCUUAUUUAACUGUAUUACCUCAGUACAGAGUAAAUGUUGGCGGAACCUGGUGCACCUCUCUCAUCAGCCCAUAAUUGCUGUGGGUACACAAAUCAAAUACUGCACUUGCUGGAAUUAUUUUAAAAUCAAAGUAACAAGCUCUAGGACCUUGUGUAUGGUCUUUAUGCCAACUACUGUGGUUGUACCAAGGCCUUAUUUGCUUCCGUCUCACUUUAGCCCGCUUUCAAUGUGUUACUUGUAAAAGAGGCUACAUUAAUUUGAGAGAUGCACCUAAUCAAUUUUCUUACUGCAUAGCUUAACUUAAAAGAAAAAUCCAGUAGAAUUGCUCCAAGGUCAGAGGUUUUUUUUUUUUUUAAUUAAUUAAAUUGCUCUUUCUCCCAUUUUAUUCACGUCACUGCUUUAAUCUGCAAAAACCAGAUGGUUUCCACUUGCAGGCAUAAAACCGUUGUUAAAAUUUCGAGACUGACUUCGCCACAUUUUUAAGGUAGAGUAAAUAAAAUAUCUAAUUAUACAGAUGGACAAGGUCCCUUUCUUGUAAUCUCACCGUUUCCAAACGUCGUUAUCAGAAGUGUUUUGAAAGCUCUUGGGGAAACACCGGAGCCGGUGAGCCCGGGCGUGGGUCCUCCGGAGACCAAGGGGCAUGGAAUGCUUUCAGCUGGGUCCCACUGUCACCCAUCAAAGCGUGGGACGUAAAGGGCUGCGUGACGGCAGUCACAGGGCCGCCACGGGCCGCAGGACCCCGCGGGAGGCAGGUCGAGGGCCGGGCAUCCUAAAGCAGAGGGCGCCCGCAGCUCCCCGCGGCGCCCGGUCGCGGCUUCCCUCCGCCCUCCCUGAGCGAGGCCGGCGUCGCUCGCCCGAAUCCGGGUCCCAGAGGCGCGUCGUGCCGGCCCCUUCCGCUGGCUCCGGACGCCAGGCCCGGGCAUGCGGCUGCUGCGGCUGCUGCGGCUCCCGGGGCUCGGCGCCUCCGCGGGCCCGGCCGCCGCGGCCCGAGGCUCCGCCGCCCGCCGCGGCCCCCGCCCCCAAACGCCGCCCGCCGCCCGCCAGCCCCUGGCCCCACCCGGGCCUCCGCCUCUGCGGUCUCCGCCUCCCGCCCAGCCCGGAGCUGCGGCGCCCGCCCGUCGCCUGGCCGCCGCCGCCACCGCCGCCUGCCGAGACGCGCCCCCGAGCGCAGCCGCCAUGGAGCGCCCCGGAGCCGGAGAAAUAAGUUCCAAUGAGUGUGAAAACGUGUCAAGAGAAAAGGAAAUGUCAGAAGAAUUUGAGGACAAUGCUAUGGAGACUCUGGUAGAUAUGCCAUUUGCUACAACAGAUAUUAAAGAUGAUUGUGAAAUCAUUGAUGUACCUCGAAUAAAUUUGGAGAGAAGUAAAGAAAAAGAACGGAUCUGUAAAGAUCAAAUAAAGAAGAGGAAAAAGAGGCAAAAAGAUUAUCUACCCAACUAUUUCCUAUCCAUUCCCAUCACCAACAAAGAGAUUAUAAGAGGAAUUAAGACACUGCAAAAUGAAAUAAUACAGCAAGAUAAGCGACUGGCUAAAGCAAUGACCAGUGAUGGUUCCCUUCAUGUUACCCUGUUAGUGAUGCAAUUACUGAAUGAAGAUGAAGUAAACAUUGGUGUUGAUGCUCUUUUGGAGUUAAAACCAUUCAUAGAAGAAAUCCUCCAAGGAAAACAUUUGACUUUGCCCUUUCAAGGGAUUGACACUUUUGGAAAUCAGGUUGGAUUUGUGAAACUGGCAGCAGGAGAUCACAUAAACUCACUUUUGGAGAUAGCAGAGGCUGCAAAAAGGACAUUUCAGGGAAAAGGUAUCAUGGCAGGAGAAAGCAGACAUUUUAAGCCUCAUUUGACCUUCAUGAAGUUGUCCAAAGUACCAUGGCUCCGGAAGAAGGGAGUGAAAAAAAUAGACCCCGAAUUCUAUGAAAAAUUUAUCAGUCACAAAUUUGGAGAAGAAAUGAUGCAUCGCAUAGAUCUUUGCUCCAUGCUGAAGAAAAAGCAAAGUGAUGGUUAUUAUCACUGUGAGUCUUCAAUUGUGGUUGUGAAGUCUUCAAAUGUUGAUGCAAAAUUCAGUUUAAUUUUAUCUCAUGAGUAUGAAGAAAACAUUCGCUCCAGUGAAGGCCUGCAUGACUGCACCAUUCCACACCGAGCAUUUUCAUGUUUGCUGCUUUUAAUUGGGAAUAGAAUGUUUCAGGCCAGAAAGUUUCGUUCUGAGAAAGGAAAGCCUUUGUAGGUGGUCUGCAAAGAUUGAAAACUUGUCCUUCAGUUUCUUCCCUAAGGGAAAUGUGUUUUGAGGAGAAACAAAGAUUCAUACAUAAGUGCUUCUAUCAUCUUAUCAGGGAGAUGGCAUGUGAUGAGACAGACUCAUCCACAGUUAUGUUUCCAAGCGGGAAGUGUAUACAACAAAUGAAGAUUUUAAAAUCAGAACAGGGCUGUUCUGCAUCGUUUGCAAUGUGAAAGUAUUUCAAAGGAGUCUGAUCUGUUGCAAUUCAAAUUUACUAUUUCAAACCAGGCACCAUUCUUUUAUAAAACUGUGAACUUCAAGUCAACCUGAUUUGUAUACUUUUGAAGUAACAUGAAAAUACUCAGAGAAGAUAAAUACACGUACUUACAUGUUUCAAGGUCGUCAAACAAGAUAAUUUCUCUCCACGUCAGCUUGAAGAAAUCCUAUGGAAACAUACAUCCUGAAAGAAUAUUAAUACUGAAGUUUGUGAAAGCAUUUAAAAAAAUGUUCAAGAGACACAGUCUAUUUCCAAAUUCUCACUAGAGAUCUUCAGACAAGUUAUUUUACAUUCCAAAGAUCUUAGCUAUCUUAAACACAAAAUACUCAUUAUAACAUUUGAAUUUUAUAUUCUGAAAUAAUUUCAAUUCUAUUUCAAGGGAGAUUUUCAUAUUUUCAGAAUCUGAGAGAUUUGUUUUGAGAGAUUUGUGUAAGAGAGCUGUUUUUCAUUGAAUUUUUGAUGGGGACCAAAAAUUUCUAUUUCAGUUCAUAGUAAAAGGCAAAUUAAAUCCUUCUUAUGUAAUAGAUUUUGGCUAGCUGUCUGUAUCUGUAAUUACUUUAGGCCAGCCUUGGAGAAGAAUUCAGUGCUUCAUUGCCUCUCCACUACAUUUAAAAAACAACAAACAAAAGAUGAGCAAUGUGUAGACUUUUCUGAAGAUAUUGUGGAACUGGCAUUAUACAGCUUAUAGCAUGUAUCACUUGUAUUGCCAUUAGAAGUUCUGUGUAUCUCAUCCCGGAUCACUAUGUAGCCAUCUCUGAAUUUUUUUUAUUGCUCUUUUCCAACUUAGUCUUUUAAGUUCCCCCUCUUCUAGGCAACUUCUCUAGAUUUUUCCCUUCAGUCUUCUUUGUUACUUUUUUCUGAUUUAGAGCAAUUUACUUUCUUUCAAACUCCACCAAUCUUGUAUCCCCAUACUGAUUAUUUAAUAUUGUUUAAAAAAU